AGGAAGGCGACCACCACUCCACGCCGGUCGUGCCAGGUCGGCAGUCAGAGUCAGCCGCGCCUGCGCGCGUCCCUUUCCCACCAACCCCUCUCCCUCCCCGCACUCGACAGCCACGGCCGCGACGGCGUCCGCGUGCACCGGACACCACGGCCAGACCCGAGGCCACACAGCCCUCUGACCAAACGCACGGAUCCGGCCAGCCACCCACCCCGCCCCCCUAGCGGCCGCCACCCACCCGUGCGCGCGGCGCACCAAGGCCUGGCCCGGCAGUGGCAGCCAGGCUCUCACACGCCUCGCCUAGUCGCCUUGCCGCCGCGCGUUAUAUAAGAGCCGCCCCGGCAGGCACGGUCGGUCAAUCCAGCAAUACCCGACGCGCAAGCCAGUGCCGCACCCAGACCAGAUCUCCGCGACAUAUCAGUCGUUCGUCCAGCUAACUGCACUGCACUGCACUGCACGCAAUGGCCACCACGGCGACCGAGGCGGCCAAGGCUGCACCGGCGCAGGAGCAGCAGGCCAACGGCAACGGCAACGGCGAGCAGAAGACGCGCCACUCCGAGGUCGGCCACAAGAGCCUGCUCAAGAGCGACGACCUGUACCAGUACAUCCUGGACACGAGCGUGUACCCGCGGGAGCCGGAGAGCAUGAAGGAGCUGCGCGAGAUCACCGCCAAGCACCCAUGGUAUGUCCCGCUAGCUUUUCGCCCUGUCGUACGUGGUGGAUUCGAGUGUGUGGGCCUGCUGGACGUGGACAGACCGAGAUCUGAGAACGAACGUGGCGUGGCGUGCAGGAACCUGAUGACCACCUCCGCCGACGAGGGCCAGUUCCUCAACAUGCUCAUCAAGCUCAUCGGCGCCAAGAAGACCAUGGAGAUCGGCGUCUACACCGGCUACUCGCUCCUCGCCACCGCGCUCGCACUCCCGGAGGACGGCACGAUCUUGGCCAUGGACAUCAACCGCGAGAACUACGAGCUAGGCCUUCCCUGCAUCAACAAGGCCGGCGUGGGCCACAAGAUCGACUUCCGCGAGGGCCCCGCGCUCCCCGUCCUGGACGACCUCGUGGCGGACAAGGAGCAGCACGGGUCGUUCGACUUCGCCUUCGUGGACGCCGACAAGGACAACUACCUCAGCUACCACGAGCGGCUCCUGAAGCUGGUGAGGCCCGGCGGCCUCAUCGGCUACGACAACACGCUGUGGAACGGCUCCGUCGUGCUCCCCGACGACGCGCCCAUGCGCAAGUACAUCCGCUUCUACCGCGACUUCGUCCUCGCCCUCAACAGCGCGCUCGCCGCCGACGACCGCGUCGAGAUCUGCCAGCUCCCCGUCGGCGACGGCGUCACGCUCUGCCGCCGCGUCAAGUGAAAAAAAGAAGAAGAAGAAAAAAAACAUAAUACCCUGCGUUCCUGCUGCCCCGGCUGUCUGGCCCCCACUACUGCCACCGACGGCGGCGCCGAACCCCCGUUCCAAUCAUCAUAUCGUAGACGACGCGCAGCAUUAAACUAUCAAUCACCGGAUCUGGCUCUUUCUUGGCCCUGUACUGUACUAUUAAUGUUCCGUUCUUGUUUUUUUAUUCGGAAUUGUCGCCGUUUCAGUAUACGUAAAUCUCGAGGUCGAUAAUACAGUAAUACUACCAAUUUAACUGUAUACUCCUACCGUCUGGAUGGUUUUGUUU